AGUGUCACGACAUAAUCCCUCGUUGUGGCAACACUGGCCAGUCUGACUCUGCAUUAUCCACUACAAAGGGAGAAACGUCAAACAAGCGAUAAGGAAAAAAACAGUGACUAUCAUAAAGUGCUGAGUCAGUGGAAAUUUAAUCUUUAUUCAACGGUGAAUUUAUUACAUUAGAUUAACUAUUAUUAUUAUACUAAAUUGUGAAAUAUUUACAGUAUCAAUCGAAGUUCUCUACGGAGUUAAUUUGUCUAUCUAAUUUGCAUUCAUUAUUAUAUAAUUAUCGUACAUUGAAAGCGGUGUGGGAAUUCGUAAAGGGUCUGAACUUUCGGAAGAGUUUACCAAAUUUGUAAGCAUAUGAUUGAAUUAACUAAAAAUGAAUUUAAUCAAAUAAAAUCUAUUUGCAGCUUAAAGCACACUAAUACCAAAAGGAAGUGUUUGCUAUACGGAGUUGGUGACGUAACCCUACAACAAAUUUAAGAAAUUUGUACGGGAGCCGAAAGAUGGCAGAUUCACAGAAGUCCCCCCGCAACUGCCAGUCAUGUACAAGGAAGGAUUCUGCGGAAAAUGAGAUGGUGCAGUGCGGUUCUUGUAAGUUAUGGGAACACUUUAGCUGUGCUGGAGUCAAUGAAGAGGUCCGCCAACCAGACCGUACACCUGCAAGCAGUGUGAAAAGCCCGAGACAUCUAAUCGCGGAAGGCUUGGAGUUCCUACAGUUGAAGAUCGCCCAUCUAAAGGCGCGAAAGGUGGCUCCAAAGCUAGUUCAAAGGCUGCUUCCCGUAAAACGAAGAAAACUCUAGAUCCAACUGGAAGUGUGACUUCAAGCGUGCGUGCUGCUAUGUUGGCCGAGCAACUAAAACUUCUCGAGGAAGAACGGGUCCUGGCCGAGCGAGAGUUGCUUGAGCAAGAAGAAAUCAAAAAACGGCAGAUGGAGGAACAAGAACGACGUCUUGAGGAAAAACGGAAGCUAGCGGAGGAAGCAAAUCUGCUUCGUGAUCGAAAAAUGAACGAGGAAAUGGAAUUGAAGCGUAAGCAGCAGCAAGUAAGAAGAGAAUCGUUCGAGAAGAGGCAGGAAAUCAUCCGACAACUGGCAGAAACAAGUAGCAGAAGCAGCUCGGUAGUCAGUUCUAAACAGAAGGUGAAAGAUUGGUUAAACGGACACGACACAGGAAGAUCAGAUGGAGAUAUAGCUGGACAAGUGAAUACCUUGAAUCAGAUCCCAGAAGACCCGGUCAAUAUUCCCUCGGCACCGUUCCCAUUGGAACCGUAUAAUCCAGUCAAUCCGCAACCGGUUGGACAAGUGAUCGCUUCCAGCAUGAAUCAGUUCUCCAUGCACCCGGUAGAUCCUUCGUUUCUAGCACCAGCUUCGGUGCCUCUCGAUCCGGAACAUCCCAGACCACUCCGUCAUGGAUAUCAACAACACUCUAUCGUCCCGUUAACACCGGUAGUUGCGUAUUCACUUUCGCAAGCGCAAAUUGCAGCGCGUCAAGUGCUUGGAAAAGACCUACCUGCGUUUAAUGGGAAUCCAGAAGACUGGCCUAUAUUUAUUAGUAAUUUCGAGCAGUCUUCAGCUACGUGCGGUUACUCUGACGCGGAAAACUUAGUUCGUCUCCAGCGAAGCUUAAAAGGUCACGCACUGGAGUCAGUAAAAAGUCGACUACUCUUGCCCGCGAGCGUACCACACGUUAUACAAACUCUUCGUACGUUAUAUGGGAGACCAGAGCUCAUCAUACGCUCGCUGAUGAGUAAAAUUCAGCACGUUGCAGCACCAAGGCACGACCGACUAGAAACAUUGAUUCAGUUUGGCCUGUCGGUCCAAAACUUUGUAGACCACCUUAAGGCAGCCAACCACCAGAACCAUCUAUCAAAUCCAGUACUGAUGCAGCAGCUGGUGGAAAAGUUACCUGGAUCGAUGAAAUUGGACUGGGCCGUCUUCAAAAACAAAAAUCAGCCAGCAAACCUUGAGACGUUCGGAGAUUUUAUGUCCGGACUGGUUACUGCUGCUAGCGAGGUGUCGUUCGAUCUACCUGGGUUGAGCAACAACAUUUCCAAGAACGACAGACAUAAGCCCAGAGAUUUUGGCGCUGUUUAUUCACACUCCGGUGAACGAGCUCCGUUCACUUCUACCGAUGGCGCACCUAACAACACAAAGGCAAGCAAGCCGUGUGCAGCCUGUGGGCGAGCCGGCCAUCGAGUGUCCGAUUGCCAUCAGUUCCAAAAUGCUAGUGUGGAUGAACGCUGGGAACUAGUUCAACAGAAGGGAUUGUGCCGCACUUGUCUCAACAGUCACGGAAAGUGGCCUUGCCGGUCCUGGAAUUCUUGUGGGAUCGAAGAAUGUCGUCAAAAACACCACACCCUUCUGCAUACAGACUCUCCUCGUCUAGAAAACUUGGGUAUCUCAGCAAGUCACGUGUCCUCCGAAGAGUUCAAAUGGCCACUCUUUCGAAUCGUACCUGUGACCAGGCUUGUCCGCACUCAGCUGCGGACAAGCCUGCCUGUGACUCUCUUCAACAACGACAACUCGCAAACAAUUUUCGCAUUCAUAGACGAGGGCUCUUCGUAUACACUGCUAGAAGAAUCUGUCGCAACGCAGCUGGAAACCAGUGGUCAAAUAGAACCCCUCACACUCCAGUGGACCGGAAACGUGAAACGUGUGGAACCGAAGUCACAGCGUGUACAAAUUGAAAUCUCCGGAAGAAGUUGCGCUACACGAUACAAGCUGAUGGACGCUCGUACUGUUGGUCGCUUAGUCCUUCCCUCUCAAACACUUAACUAUGGAGCCCUAGCAAAACGAUUUCCUCAUCUACGAGGCCUCCCGUUGAACGACUACGAACUUAUACAGCCGAAACUGCUAAUAGGUCUGGACAAUUUGAGACUGUGUGUGCCGCUGAAGUUGCGAGAAGGAAGACCCUCCGAUCCUAUUGGUGCGAAAUGUCGGCUGGGUUGGAGCAUUUAUGGGUGCAUUCCUGGGCAGUCGUCAAAAACGGCAGUUGUUAGUCUUUACGUUGCGGCGGCACCCGAUCAGGACCGAGAACUAAACGAGCAACUUCGAGAUUAUUUUGCUCUAGAGAACGUCGGAGUCUCAAAUCCAUAUGAGUACACGGAGUCUGAUGAAGAAAAAAGGGCCAAAAAACUGUUGGUAGAUACGACGCAACGCGUUCAAUCUGGAUGCGCAUUCGAGACUGGCCUGCUGUGGAAAUCUGAUCAUCCGGACUUUCCAGAUAGUUAUCCAAUGGCGUUACGGCGUUUGGAGGCUCUCGAGCGGAAGCUCCAAAUGGAACCAGCACUAGGACAGCGGGUGCGAGAGCAAAUUGUAGAAUACGAACGUAAGGGCUACGCACAUAAAGCCAACUUGAUCGAAUUGACGUCGGUUGAGGCUGGGCUGAUUUGGUACCUUCCCCUAGGCGUAGUCACUAACCCAAGGAAGCCUGAAAAGGUCCGAUUAAUAUGGGAUGCGGCGGCUAAGGUAGGCAACAUCUCCUUCAAUUCCAAGUUGCUGAAAGGACCCGAUCUAUUGACUCCGCUUCCAAAAGUGCUCUACCAAUUCCGGCAAUAUCCCGUUGCGGUGUGUGGUGACAUCAUGGAGAUGUUUCACCAAAUCAGAAUCCGCUCUCCAGACAACCAAUCACAACGGUUCUUGUUCCGUGAAAAACCGACGGACCACCCCAACGUUUACGUAAUGGAUGUAGCCACGUUCGGGUCCACAUGCUCUCCAGCCUCCGCACAAUUUGUAAAAAAUCUCAACGCCGAAAAGUUUUCCUCAGAAUAUCCACGGGCAUCUGCAGCUAUAAUAAACAAGCAUUAUGUGGAUGAUUAUCUGGAUAGCUUCGAAACCAUCCACGAGGCUGUCGCCGUAGUGAAGGAGGUGCAGUCAAUCCACUCUGAAGGCGGAUUUACUCUGCGACAUUUCCUUUCCAACAAGCUGGAGGUGCUUCAGGAAAUAGGAGAAGCUUCCGGAAUCGAGCCCAAGGAUUUGGACUUGGAAAGAGGAGGAAAGACUGAGUCGGUGCUCGGGAUUAAGUGGAUGCCGCAGGAGGAUGUUUUUGUAUACUCAUUUGGUUUGAGAGAAGACCUGUAAUACGUUCUCCAGAAUGGUCACGUUCCAACCAAGCGAGAGAUUGCCCGGGUAGUCAUGAGUCUAUUUGACCCACUCGGUUUCAUCGCUUUCUUCCUUGUGCAUGGGAAAAUCCUUCUUCAGGAGCUCUGGGCUCGAGGAACAGAGUGGGACCAGAAAAUACCGGAUGAUCUAUGCGAGCGGUGGCAACAGUGGACGGGCCUAUUUGAAGAGUUGAACCGUCUACGCAUACCACGAUGCUAUUUUAGUGCAGCAGUCCCUACAGAUUUUAAUCGUAUUCAACUACAUCUUUUCGUUGAUGCCAGCGAAUUAGCGUUUGCUUGUGUGGUGUACCUCAGCUUGAAAACAGAUAAUGAAGUACAAGUAGCUCUUGUAGGUGCCAAAGUAAAAGUGGCCCCCAUAAAAGCACUCUCCAUUCCCCGAUUAGAAUUGAAGGCAGCCUGUCUUGGAGUACGUCUAUUGGAAACUAUUCAGCAGCAACACAGCCUUUCAGUUUCCAAACGCUACUGCUGGAGCGAUUCUGGAACCGUGCUCGCUUGGAUUCGCUCACAAGAUCAUAGGCGGUACAACAAAUUCAUCGCUGUACGUGUUGGUGAAAUAUUGACAUCCUCGCAAAAGUCCGAAUGGAGAUGGGUACCGUCAAAACUAAAUGUUGCGGACUUCGCCACAAAGUGGGGUAACGGCCCAGAGUUGACUACUGACAGUCCAUGGUUCCAGGGGCCACACUUUCUUCGUGAUCCAGAAGAGCGUUGGCCGCAACAACGUACGAUUACUCCAACGAAUGAGGAGCUCCGACCUGCACGUCAUCAUUUCGUGCAUUUUGUUCCUGUAAUGGACUUUUCUCGCUUCAAUCGUUGGUCCAAAGUACAUCGUGUAACAGCAUACGUAUUACGAUUCAUAGAAAAUCUCCGUUCAAAAAAGGAAAAAAAGCUGUUGGAGCUUGGGACCCUCAACAGCAAGGAAUUACUGCGAGCUGAACAAGCACUAUUCAAGGCGGCACAAAGGGAAAUGUUUCCAAAAGAAAUUGCCGCCCUCCUUAGUUAUCAAGGCGUACCAGAAAAGCGAGACAACAUCGUUGACAAAUCCAGCAUCAUCUACACCAAGUGGCCGUUUAUGGACGAGGAUGGAAUUCCACGAAGCCGCGGUCGAAUUGCUGCUGCGCCAUACGUAACAAACGACGCUAAAUUUCCCAUAAUUCUACCCAAGGAACACCCCGUAACACUACUCCUUGUAGACUGGUAUCACUGCCGGUAUCGUCAUGCCAAUCGGGAAACCAUCUUUAACGAAAUUCGUCAGCGCUUUGAUAUUCCAACACUAAGAAGACUUCUGGAUAAGGUUGCACGGGCCUGCAUUUUCUGUCGCAUAACGAAGGCUGUACCAAAAUCACCAUCAAUGGCUCCACUUCCCUCAAUGCGUGUUACAGCCUUCAUUCAACCGUUCACCUUCACCGGACUAGAUUAUUUUGGACCUGUACUGGUUAAGGUGGGCAGAAGCAACGUAAAGCGGUGGAUUGCUAUCUUCACGUGCCUCACCAUCAGAGCUGUACAUAUUGAAGUGGUACAUUCCCUGGCAACUGAGUCAUGUGUUAUGGCUGUGCAACGAUUCGUGGCACGCAGAGGUUUGCCAAGAGAAUUUUGGACAGACAAUGCAACGUGUUUUCACGGAACCAGCAAUGAACUAGAAGCGCAAAAGUUGACCAGAAACAAAACGCUCUCCGAAAAAUUUACUACUGCUGAGACCUCCUGGAGAUUCAUUCCCCCAGCUGCUCCCCAUAUGGGCGGAGCAUGGGAAAGGAUGGUCCGCUCGGUAAAAGUGGCUAUUCGAAGCAUGCUUGACAACCCUCGGAGACCAGAUGACGAAACUUUGGAGACAGCCCUUCUCGAGGCGGAGGGAAUGAUCAACUCAAGACCACUCACCUACAUCCCUCUUGAACAUGCUGAUCAGGAAGCUCUAACUCCAAAUCAUUUUCUAUUGGGCAGUUCUAGUGGAGCAAAACUGUUACCGAUGGAUCCUCCAAGCAACCAUUCACCAUUGCGAAGCAGUUGGAAACUUGCUAGGUAUAUCCGUGAUCAGUUCUGGAAUAGGUGGCUGAAAGAAUACCUUCCUAUGAUAACACGGAGAUGUAAAUGGUUCGAUGACACAAGGGAACUGGCAGUAGACGACUUAGUUAUGGUUGUUAAUGGGACUACUAGGAAUCAAUGGAUUCGUGGGCGAAUCGAAGAAGUGUUUCACGGAAAGGACGGUAGAGUAAGGCAGGCGUUGGUCCGAACAUCGACGGGAACAAUACGACGACCAGCGGUGAAGAUUGCUGUAUUGGAUGUCGAGGGAAACUGUAACCCAAGCACUAGCGUCCAUGAUGCCUUGGACCCUCUAGUGGGAUUACGGGCGGGGGUAUGUCACGACAUAAUCCCUCGUUGUGGCAACACUGGCCAGUCUGACUCUGCAUUAUCCACUACAAAGGGAGAAACGUCAAACAAGCGAUAAGGAAAAAAACAGUGACUAUCAUAAAGUGCUGAGUCAGUGGAAAUUUAAUCUUUAUUCAACGUAUCAAUCGAAGUUCUCUACGGAGUUAAUUUGUCUAUCUAAUUUGCAUUCAUUAUUAUAUAAUUAUCGUACAUUGAAAGCGGUGAGGGAAUUCGUAAAGGGUCUGAACUUUCGGAAGAGUUUACCAAAUUUGUAAGCAUAUGAUUGAAUUAACUAAAAAUGAAUUUAAUCAAAUAAAAUCUAUUUGUAGCUUAAAGCACACUAAUACCAAAAGGAAGUGUUUGCUAUACGGAGUUGGUGACGUAACCCUACAAGAAGGGUAUAAAUAUC